CUCUGCCCGGUUUCAGCACCCUGUUCAAACUAAAAUAGGAUCCACAUUUUCAGUUGUACCUUGUCUCGUCCAGUGCCAUGCAGCCCCGCACCAUCUCCGAUCUCCAUGCGUUCUUGUCGUCCUCGAACCCCGACCGGCCUCGCUUAUGCCCUGAGCCGAUUUCGCUCGGCAACAGACUCGUGCUUCGGCGCGCAACGCCCGCCGACAAGGACGCCCUUGUCGCUUUCAAUGGCACGGCCCACGGCCACAUGACCAAAUUUGGCGGCUGGACCAAAGACCGGUUCGAAGCCCAGGACGGGUCGGGCGUCUUGCCUCCGAAAGCCGGUCCCGAGUCCUUUACUGUCAUUGUCGACACGUCCAAGAACGACCUCAUCGUCUCGUCUUGCCAAUCGAUUCCGCAAGUGUGGUGCUACGGUAUCCCCAACAAGCGUGACGCACCAUCGUCGCUGCACGUGCCGCUCACUGUCGUCCGCCCGGAAGCCAUCGGAACGCUCGAAGCGUACCGUGGGCGCGGCCUCAUUGCCGAGCAUUUCAAAGUGCACCACGCGUGGGCUGCCGCGCUGCGCUCGGAGCUGCAGUUCAUCGGCGGCAUUCCCAGCUACUACACUCGUUUUGGCUACGAGCUCUGCCCCCGGCGUGGGGUGUCCUACACGGGGCAUCUCGCAAAUAUUCCGCCACUGCACGCUACGGCCGAGCCCGUGCGCUUCCGCAAGGCUACAACCGACGACGUUCCGUUUCUCGAUCGCGUCGCGCGGGCCGCGUCCUUGGCGCGCGAAGGUAUCCACUCGGACGCCGACGCUGCGCAGUGGCGCUUUCUAGUCUCGGAACUCUGGGCCGGCAGCUACGGCACGCGGCCGUUCUACAUCAUCGAGACCAACGACGACGCGUCGCAUCCCAUCGGAUUUGUGCGCCUCAAUCUGCACAAAACCGUGACACGGUUCGAGCUCGACGAGGCGUCCAACGUUCCAAGCAAGCUCUCGUGGGCGGACGUGACGCCGGCGCUGCUUCGGUGGCUCCCGCGCAACUACCUCGACAAUUGCGUCCCGUUCCAGCACCUCGUCGAGUCGCUGGAAGCGCAGGCGACGGGCGCCGACACCGCCGCGAUCGCACCACGGACGCAAGAGCUUCCGGCCAAUUGGAGCUUUACAUUGGAGCUCGGCGGGUGCCACCCAGGGCUGCGCGCGGUGCCAUCGUCGUACGUCCCGAUCCAGACACCGUCGGACCACUGGUACACGCGCAUUCCAUCGUGGACGGCGUUUCUGCGGGCGAUUGCCCCGGUCCUCGAGCACCGGUUGGCGUCCGACGCCGCGUUCUAUGCCGUGUCUCGCACGAUCGUCUUGCAUAAGGCGUUCCGAGUGGUCGGUGGCGGCACGCGGCUGCGCAUCGAAUGCGGGCGCGUCGCGGCGAUCGAUGACAUUCCCCGGGGGGUGUCUGAAAACGACUUGGUGAAAGCCGAGCCUGAUGCGGACCGCGUCUUGCUACCCGGCACGAUCGCGUGCAGCUUGUUUUUGGGCCACCGGACGCUCUCGGAGCUUUUGCACCAACAGCAUCAGGUGCAUGUGAGCGCGCCGCACGUGCCAACACUGCUGGAUGUGCUCUUUCCGCCCAUGGCCAAUGACGAGAUUCAUGGGCUACAAUAGUGUAGACACACUGCACAUUGCAUCUCCACCUUUGAAUUCCAUAAUUGUGAUACACUAACAAAGUCCAAGCUACUGGAUUGACUGAUGAAGAAGGGUAUUGUGCUGUAUUAAACCUACAUUACACUCCAACACCUG